AUGCAGGGUCACUGUAGAAAACUGCCAUCAUCUCGACAACGCCGCUGCAGAGCUGGGGUGGUACUGCUGCUUUUCGGCCUUGGUCUUCGGACCGUGUGGUCGGCGGUCUUCACGCGCCCUGCCGCGCUUGGUGGCCAGACAGUUGCCAGGACUUGGCAUCGCGGAAAUGGCGUUGGCAUCGGCGCUUUGGUAGCCACAGCGGAGGAGCAGCGCCGCGAUGAGGCUUUCAUGGAGCGCCUGCAAGGGCUGGCACGCGAGGCGCUGACCUGGCCUUUCCUUGAGGAUCAUCAGCGGCUUCUCUGGGCGGCCGUGCUGGAGUUCAAUGCUGUGCCGACUCAGGACUUGCCACCCUGGUUUUUCGAGCGGCAGAACUUCACCCGCCGGCACCUAGGUGUGGACCUCUGCAGCCUGGAUGGGAAGAGGGCGAUCCUUUGUCAAACGGACAAUGCCACACUGCAGGAUGUGAAGAGGUUUCUGCGGACCGCACGAUGCCUGGGUGAGGAUCCACAGUGCACGCUUUGGAUUUCCCGCGGCUGCAAGAUCCCCGGCGACUCCAAGAAGUGCCUGCGCAGAUACGGCUGCCAGCGCAAAAUCCUCACCAAGACGAGGCUCCGCAACCUCAUCCGGAAUUCCGUCUCCGGUGCCUUUGCAUCCGGAGACGCGGCUCUUGAAAGCGGAGCAGCACCGGACCCGCCCUUGAGGCCUUGCCAGGAGGCCUGCCUGGAGGCGUGCGCCAAGGGAGCCCGGGUCAUCGAGAUGGCCUGCGGCACCGGGAAGACGCGCAUCAUCCGCGAGCUGGCAGCGAAGCAGACGGGCAAGGUCUUGGUUACGGUCCCUUCCCGGGUUCUGCUGGAGCAAUUCGCGCAAGAGAUGCCGGGCUUCUGCAAGGUGGGCACGCACUGCAACAGCGAUCUUAACAUGGCAUCUCGGCGCUUCGUCGCUGUAAGCGAUUCUGUGCGACUCCUGAAGAAGCUGGAGUUCGAGGCAGUUUUCGUCGAUGAAGGUCAUCACCCUUUGCCGAAAGGAAUGCCAAGCUGCAAAGAUCUCUUCAAGUUCUCGGCGACACACAAGGCAGGAGUGGAUUUCAGAUUUAGCUUGGGGGAGGCGAUCUCGCAGGGAGUCCUGUGCGAGUACGACCUCACGGUGCCUGUAACCACAGAAGGCCAUCCAUACAUCUGCCUGGCGAACCUGUUGCUGUCACAAGCUGGACGAUUUCGACGGGUGCUCGCAUUCUGCAACUCCAUUGCCGAAGCGAGGCGUUUCCAGCAAGUGUUGGAGAUUAUGGGAUUGGCAGCAUGGCACAUCAACGGGACUACCGCUCGCAACGUGCGAGAGAGAGUGAUGAACGAGUUUUCGGGUGAUUUGCAGAAGCCCUUGCAUGUACUUGUGACGGUCCAAGUGCUUGGCGAAGGCGUCAACAUUCCGAACGCCGAUACCUGCAUGUUCGUGGAGCCUCGCAGCAGCUACGUGAGCAUCCUCCAAGCCAUCGGCCGAGUGCUGCGGCCGCACUCGACCAAGCCCUUGUCUCACAUUGUGCUGCCCGCGAUAGCGGUCCCUUCCAUGCCGCAGACAGCCGGUGUUAGUCGUGUUUUGGACGAUAUUGUGAAGAGUCCCGAGUCCGAUGCACGACUGUCUUGCUCUGUGGAGUGUCAAGGGAAGGUGGCCGCCCACAACUCAUACUCAGGCCCGCAAGUGAAGGCGGAGUGCGUCCAUGAUGACCCUCUGGAACUCCCGGUACCUUUGGGUAGGUCGGCGACUGGUGGGCAUCAGCAGCCAGACGAGCUUAUUGCACGUCGAAGUGAGCCUGCAACGCAUGCUGCGGGAAACACGUUUGUCGGGCUCCGAACGGAUGCCCUCACUGAUGAAGCUGGCGAGUUGUUGUCGUCAGCUGAACUACCAUGCGCCGAACGUGACGCCGACGGAAAGGGACAGACUGGCCAGGAUCACAGACAGGCCGACGUGGAAAAACAGACGGCUGUCAACCAAGUCGCGGCUGAACCGAUGCGGCAACCAGCUCGACUCUUGCAUACUCCAGCUUUGGGCAUGGGUCCCGAAAGUCCCAUGUUGACGGUGAACCAGGAUGAGAUCCCGGCACCUUUGUCACAAGCCCAACAGGAUGUUCAGCACAAUGGGCCACUAGGUAGUUUGGCAAGCGUGCCCCAAAGGAGCGCCAAGUCGAAACUGAAGUCGAGGACGAGUUUUGGGAACAAUUUUGUUCAGAGCCAUGUCAACCAGCUCGACAGGUUUUUGGAGGCGAUAGCAAAGGCCGACAGCCGAUUUGCUGACGCAGACCUCAAGCAUGUGCAGUCUCGUUUGUGGGUGAUGGACUGCAGGCUGCAACAAGCCCGGUUACCGAAGCUGGUUGUCCACACUGUGCAACAUCAAUUGGCCUUGAUUCUGCAAAAGUGCGACGCAUGGGAUCUCAAUCUACGAGCAGUCGAGCAGUAUGCUCAAGACCACGGCAGGCUACCACGUCAGCUAAGCCCUUCCCCGGAGGAGAGGCGCUUGGGACGUUGGCUGCGGGAGGUUGGCGUCCUUCUGGGAAGGCAGCGGCUUGCGGCUGCCAGGGUGCAAAAGCUUUCGAGGUCUUCAUGCAGAAUUUUGAGACUCCGCCUGGCGAAAUGGCUGGAGGUGGAGUCCCCUUUCGAGCGAUGCGUGAAUGAGGUGCGUCAGUUUGUUCAGCUUCAUGGCAGAAUGCCUGCAAAAACCACCUCGAGUUCGAGACAGGAGUGCAACUUGAUCAGGAGCCUGGAAGCUUUUGUUGGACGCAUAAACAGUCAACGUGAAGAGCGCCUUCAGGAUCUUGAAAAUCACGGGCCCACUAUUGCUCAGUGGGUGAGGUCAGUGCGAGCACGAAAGUUCCCUGUCCCCACGAAGUUAUGGAAUCAACAGUUUGAUCGUUUGAGCGAAUUCCUAGAGACGAAGAACCAGCUGCCAUCACAGCGAGCAGGCCCUGGUAAGGAGCAUUCUCUGUACUCCUGGUUGUCUAAACAGCGACAUCUCCUGGAUCAGCUCCCGUCGGAGUUCCGAGAAAGGUUGAUCGCCUCCCACCAGGCAGUCGCAUGUUUCCUGGAGGCUAAGCGAGGUCGCUAG